AUGCUCGGUAUCCGUACCGCACUCAAGCCCGACUUGGAGUGUUCCGCUGCCGAACUUGUCUACGGUACCACCCUACGGAUUCCCGGGGAUUUUUUCGGGUACUCUCAAAGCUCAGGCGACUUGGAUCCCAGCGAUUAUGUGCAAAGAUUGCGCCAAGCCAUGACUCGUCUUCGAGCCACUCCUCCACGUCCUUCAACAAGUAAGUCGUACGUCGACCCGAACUUACUAACAUGUUCUUUUGUAUUUGUCCGCGUAGAUAGCGUUCGCCGGCCACUACAACAGCCCUAUGACGGCCCAUUUCGAGUACUAUCGCGCAAGGACAAGCAUUUUACAAUUGACCGUGGAGGCCGCACCGACGUGGUCUCAAUCGAUCGCUUGAAGGCGGCUUAUACCGAGCCUCUUUCAGCUUCUCCAACCGAACAACCUCCACUUGGCUCAUUGCCAAUUGCUAUUUCCCAGACUCCAUUUACGCCCAAUAACCCCGCGUCUUCCCUUAUCCCACAGACUCCUCCCCUUACUUGCAGCGGUCGUCAUGUCCGUUUUCCCGACCGUUACCAACUUAUACAAUAUGCAUAACACUCCCACAUUUUCCUUCUACUUACAAUGAGUUUUUUUGAACUCCGUUCUCCUAGGAGGGGGAGUAUUGUAGUGACAUUUAAGUCCGUUUUGUUUUAAUCAGUUACAAUACGCUUUCACACAACUUUGAAUAAGACAAAGAACACGCACGUGCACUUUGACCUGCUGACGACUUUGUUCUUAUUUACUAGUUUGUAACUGUUGGGAUACUGCUAUUUUCGUUUUCCGGAUAGCCUACUUACCGUGCCCAACUAAUGGCUUUAUCACUUACGACCUCUACUCCGCCGCAUGCAACAACUUCGGCCUUAUCAUCAACACGGAGAAGACGGUGGUUAUUCAUCAACCGCCACCCGACGCUGCCUAUGUCGCAUCCAAAAUCAAUUUGAACGGCGCCCAACUGCAAACCGCGGACAACUUCACCUACCUGGGCAGCACCCUUUCUCACAAUACGACAAUCCACGAUGAAGUGGCCCGCCGGAUCUCCAAGGUCAGCCAAUCUUUCGGCUGUCUGCGAAACACAGUUUGGAAUCGACACGGUCUCCACAUCAGCACCAAACUGAAUAUGUACAAAGCGGUCAUUUUGCCAAUGCUGCUAUAUGGAGCGAAGACCUGGACGAUGUACAAGAAGCAGGCACGAAGGCUCAGCCACUUUCACCUCCGCCCUCUCCGACGGAUAUUGAAGCUAAGGUGGCAGGACCGGAUCCCGGACACGGACGUACUCGGACGGAUGGGAAUCCUCAGCACCUACGUCAUACUAAGACGACUGCAACUGCGUUGGAGCGGCCACUUGGUGCGCAUGGACGACGAGGGGUUACUCAAACGACUCUUCCAUGGAGAUGUCGCCACGGUUUCCCGCCGAAAAGGAGGUCAGGUCCGACGCUACAUGGAUACCCUGAAGAGUUAUCUAAGACGCCUGCAAAUCAACCCGGCCAACUGGGAAGACCUCGGCCGGGACCAACCGACAUGGUGGAGGGCGAUGAAGACCGGCGCAGGGAUCUACGAAGCCAACCGCAUCUUUGUCGCCAAAGCAAAACACGAAGCUCGCAAAUCUCAACCGCCCCCGCCUCGCAAUGCCAACAGUCAACCGCACCCAACCUGCCCACGAUGCCAGCAGACGUUCCGGACACGAAUCAGUAUUAUUGGGAAUCUUCGUACCCCCUGUCCACAUCUCCCCCCCCCGCCGAUAAUAAAUAAUGAUCGCACUCCUGAACCCCCACUGCCAUCCUCCUGCGUCGCCUCAACAUCCGCUGCGGCGGCUCUUGCAUUCACCGCCAAUGCACUCGAACCUAACACACCGACAAAUACCAACCUCACCACCGUCAACAUCAGCGAUGUGGACUCGGUCCAUAUCUGUCCUCAUUGCGAUCGCACCAUCACCUCACACAUCGGCCUGAUCAGUCACUAG